UACUGAAGUCAUAGAAAUAAUAUCUGGCUUUCCGUUAUUGUGCUUAUUUCCUUAGGAUUAUAGUGUAUUAAGUGUAUGCAUUGUAUUUAAACUAGAAAGAAAGCAAAUAUUUGUUUAGGAAAUAGGAAAGAAAUGAAAUUCAUGGCAGAUGAAUGCAUAUUCUUAGUAUAUUGUUUAUCAUUUUUGUGUUUGGAGCCCUGUAUAUGUAGUUCAAAAUCAAGGGUUAAGUGGUGGUGGUGGCAGCAGUAAUAACAAGGUCAGCAACAACCGUUGUCAUCAUGUGCAUACAUGUGUGUUACAUUUGUUGUAUACACAUUGCUAAGUAUUUUACUUGUAUUAGCUUUUCAGAUCCUCUCAAUAAACCCCACAAGCAGGAAAUCUUAUUAUCUCCAUUUUAUACACGAGAGAUCAGGAAAUUUACCUAGGCUACACACUGACUUUGCAGUUUUAAAUCUGAGUUCAUUCAAAUUUGUAUUGUUCACUCUUACUUUUUAAAAAUGUCUCUGAAUAUGUUGUUUUUCUCCUUUCUUGUGAUUUGGACUCAUUGCACUUUUCAGGGGGCAUGGAAACAGAUGAUCUUCAAAUGAAAAAUGACUAGGCCUAGUGGGUCUUAUGUAAAUCACUUGAAUUACUGAGGUAUCCUCAAGGAAAUACGGUAUUCCUUACUAGGUUAUUAACAAUAAUAUUUUUACAAUUCAGGUAUGAAAAUAUUACAGAUUCAUGAAGGUGCUUUAAUUUAUUCUACAAGAUGUCAUCAAAAUGGAAAAUUUCAUGUUUAAAUGCUGGCUGGUGGACUAGAUUGUUUUUGAUUACUGCUGAUAAGGACUUUAAAAGGUUUGGCAGGAAUAGUUCUCCAAAGGACAUGGAUGAAAAUGAAAGCAACCAGUCCCUGAUGACAAGCAGCCAAUAUCCUAAAGAAGUAGUAAGAAAACGCCAAAAUUCUGCACGGAAUUCUGGAGGAAGUACUUCUUCUAGGUUUUCCAGGAAAAGUUUCAAACUGGAUUACAGACUAGAGGAAGAUGUAACUAAAUCAAGGAGAGGGAAGGAUGGGCGAUUUGUGAAUCCUUGGCCAACAUGGAAAAGUCUCUCUAUCCCAAAUAUCCUCAGAUGGCUGAUAAUGGAAAAAGAUCACAGCAGCAUUCCGAGUUCCAAAGAGGAACUUGAUAAAGAACUCCCUGUGCUUAAGCCAUAUUUUAUCAAUGACCCUGAAGCAGCUGGAGUGAGCGAAGCUGGCCUAAGAGUCACGUGGCUGGGACAUGCCUCGGUAAUGGUGGAAAUGGAUGAGCUCAUCUUUCUCACAGACCCCAUGUUUAGCUCUCGUGCUUCGCCGUCGCAGUACAUGGGUCCGAAGCGUUUUCGGCAGGCGCCGUGCUCUGUCAGUGAGCUCCCCGCCAUAGACGCGGUCCUCAUCAGUCACAGCCACUACGACCACCUGGACUACAGUUCUGUCAUCUCUCUGAACGAGCGAUUUGGUAAUGACCUGAGGUGGUUUGUGCCGUUGGGUCUCCUCGACUGGAUGCAGAAAUGUGGCUGUGAGAACGUGAUCGAGCUGGACUGGUGGGAGGAGAACUGUGUCCCCGGACAUGACAAGGUCACCUUUGUCUUGACACCUUCCCAGCACUGGUGUAAAAGGACUCUAUGGGAUGACAACAAGGCUCUGUGGGGUAGCUGGUCUGUGUUGGGCCCUUGGAAUCGGUUUUUUUUCGCCGGAGACACUGGUUAUUGCCCUGUUUUUGAAGAGAUAGGAAGAAGGUUUGGACCUUUUGACCUUGCAGCUAUUCCCAUUGGAGCAUAUGCACCAAGGUGGUUUAUGAAAUACCAGCAUGUGGACCCAGAAGAAGCUGUAAGGAUUCACAUUGAUGUUCAAGCAAAGAAAUCUGUGGCCAUUCACUGGGGAACUUUUGCCUUAGCAAAUGAGCAUUACUUAGAGCCUCCAGUGAAACUGAAUGAGGCUCUAGAAAGGUAUGGACUUAAGAAUGAAGACUUUUUCGUCUUGAAGCAUGGAGAAUCAAGAUACGUACAUACCAGUGAUGAAAGCUUUGAAUAAAUAUGAGCACAGGAGCUUUUAAUGAAAUAAAUUUGAUAUAAAUUUGAAAGUAUGUGAUUAUGAUUUUUUAUAUUAGGAAACUUCCUUUACAUUUGCAAGUUUCUGUUUUAUGUUUCAUGUAGUAACUUUACUAAUACGACUGCCAGUUCACAUAAAGAGUUCAGGUAUAGGUUAAGUAAUGAAUUGGCUAAAACUGAUUUUAAAGACUCAUUUCUGUUCUUUUCUUAAGGGCCUUCUGCAAGGUUAGUCAAGCCUGUGUACAUAAGUAGAUAUUUUUCAGAGGACUGCUCACAUAAAUGUAUUUCUUACAUUCACACUAGAGUAAUGAUAAAAUUGACUCUCACAUGCUUAUAGCACUUCUUACUCUGAGUAGCUUACAUGCCAAAUAUUAAGUGAUAUAUUUUUUAAGCAUAAAAACAUAGAAGAGGUUAGGCUAAGUUACAUUUGUAAAGACUUUUUUUUAAAAAGAAAGGAACAGUAUAUUUCUAUUGCAUGCCUACAAUCCCUAAAUCAAAAGCCCCGACAGAAUAAGGGAGUGUGGUUAUGAGAAUGUGAUUUAUGAAAUUUUCUAUUUUUAAUCUAAAUGUCAGACGCUAAGCACAAAUAUAGCUGCAAGGAAAUAUUUUACAAAGCUAAAUGCAGAUCUUAAGUGUUAAUAUACCAUGCACUUUGAAUUAAAUUUUAUUCUCUCUGUACACUCAUAUUUUUCUGGUUUCUUAGCUCUAACUCAAUAUAUUAAUAAGAUUUAUAUUUUGUUUGACAUUAUUCAGAUGUCAUAUUUUAUAUUAAAUGAUUCCCUCAGCAUGAUUCUACUUUUAGUAAGCCAGUGCAGAAUACUAAUAUAUAUAUAUAUAUAUGUAGAGAGAGAGAGAGAGAGAGAGAGAGAGGAAUCAGCUGACUGAGGCUCAGUCCUAAGGGCUCUGCAGUCACCUGAUUACUCUGAACCAUCUUAAGUGAAGAGAGCUGAUUAGAUACAUUUGGAGGUCCAUUCUGUCUCAUUCAUAGUCUCAGUGAAAUGAACUUUAUUCAUAACAAAUAAUCAAAGUAGGUUUUUUACACCAAAUGCUACCCAGGCGGUGCCGUAGCACAUAUAUAUGCCUGCUACAGUUAGCCACUUAAUUUCACCAAGGAGUUUUCUGUUACUGAAACAAGUCACCUAUGCUCACGGUGCCUCAGUUUCCUCAUGUGUAACAAGAGGAGAAUUUUGAGCUACCUCCAAAAACUAUGAAUAAUUGAUUUUUUUUAAACGCACUUUGAAAAUAUAAGGGAGAAAAUGAUUUUUUAGGAUACCCUUACCUAAUACAUAUAGGUAGAAUUGGAAGCUGAAAGUAGGUUAAUUUUUUGAUAAUGUAUUGUUCCUGUUACAGAUUUCAGUAUAUAUAUCAGGACACUAAACACUGAGGAUUGGCAACUUUAUCUCAUUCAUUUUGUAAAAUUUGGAAAGCCAAAACCAAAUCUAAAUGAUCUUAAUCAAAAUUUAGCAUUUUUACCUACAGAGAUGCAAAUUGGUCAAAAGGAAAUGUGUAUAUGAUGUUUGUGUAUAUACUGUAUGUGAUUUGGGGGCACUAAAGCACAAACAAUUUCCCCAUAAAAUGGACCUUCAGGAAAAAAACUGAAUAAGCAUAAACUUUUUUCACUUCAAAGGAGCAUUUAGCAAGCAGCUUCAAAUCAGGAUGUUGGGUUUGUGGUGGAUUAGUUUUGAGUGUGUUGCCCUAAUGGGUGUGAUCACCUUCCUUGCUGUUUCACGCUGAAUGGAAAAUUCAUCUCUUACCUCUGCUCUACGAAACAAGCUAAAGUACCUCUUGAUUUCUUCUCUGUCGAAUGCCUUAACAUUAUUUUUGUAUUCACAUGUACCAACUGAUGGUCUCUAAGCACCUUAAAGUAUGUGCUAGUUCCAUUUAAUUGGGCCUGCCUCAGAUUUCUAGGCUGCCUCACAAGUUUUAAUUACCAUUCACAUUCUUUCUACUUUGAUGUUUUAUUACUAAGAAGUACGUUAAGCUUCAUCUCUCCUUAUAGAAUCUCGAGUUACUCCCAUUUUAUUUUUUAGUUAUGUCUACAUUUUGAAGGGUUUAUCUGCAAAAUGAAAAAGAAAAUUGAAAAAGACAAAUACAUUCUCUUCCCUUCAUUCAGUCUAAUGUACUUCAUAAUACCUUUUAAUCUUCUUCAAGUCAAUUUCAUUUUCCUCUUUGAUUAGCUGGCAUCAUUACCAAUGUGAGACAUUACUGAAGUUUCCCUUUUUCCUGUGGGAACUGAGGAACACUGACAUUCCUCAUUGCCCAAGAGAUGGAACCACCAAUUAGGAGAAGUCGCACCUAAUAAAAGCCAAGGUGUGCCACGAUCUACAGAGAUAAAGAUCUGCUUGUGCAUUUUCAUUAUGUAAUUCUUUCUGGGUAGUUAAAAGGACUCCCCCUCUUUCUCCAGCAUUUUGACAUUUCAGGGUCAAUGCUCUGAUUUCCAGGAUAUGUGAUUAUUUAUUCAAACUAAUAGAAGAAGAAAAGAGGCAGUUUUAGAAUUCAAUGCUGCUAAAGCACAUUGAAACCAAAGCCCAGUUUUUAAUGUGUGCAUUUUGAAUAUAUAUUUUUGGUAAGGAAGCAGACUAAAAAAUUAUUAUAAAGAAAUGUAUCUUUCAGGGAAUUAAUACUUAUGUUUCCAUCACUGAUAAAGAAAAGUAUUAUUCUUAGUCAUCAUAUGUACAUUACUAAUGUAGCCACUUAGGAAUUUACAUGUUUUCAUCUCAAUAUUGAAUCCUUUUUCCACUGUAAAAAUAUUUCUUUCAAGUUUGAGUUCUGUAUCAGGAUAACUGUGAAAACACAUCUUUCUGUUUGAGGAUUUUGACUUCCUGUGGAAAUCCAUGUAUUGACCAAUGGAAUUUAAAGUCUAUUAAAGCUUUGCCUUAAAUACUUGA